AACAAUACAGGCGCUAGCGACGCUAGCUGCAGCGGUGUGUUGAAUUACAGCUGGAAGAUGACAUUGUAGUCGCAGCGGAGCGAGUGGUUUCAUGUGGAAUCAAACAACAAUGUCUUCAGUGGACUAUCUGAGAGAGUUUGUCAGCGAGAGACUGACUGCUGCUGCUGAGGAGAUAAUCAGAGUGUUUGAAACAACUAUCGGCCAGUAUGAGGAAGAGAUCGGUCGUCAGCGCAGACUGCUGGAGAUUGUGUGGAAACCUGAAAUAAAGUUACACCGGAUAGAGCUCCCACAGCAACAUGUCUGUACACAGGAGGAGGAGGAGGAGGAGGAAGAGGUGCUCGCUGACCAGCAGCUCUGUAUUCAGGAGAGGAGCUCCAGUUUGGACCCAGAGCCUCCACAGAUCAAAGAGGAAGAGGAGGAGCUCUGCACCAGUCAGGAGGAAGAGCAGCUUGAGCUGAAGCUGGAGACUGAUCCCUUUAUGUUGACUACUGCUUAUGAGGAAAGUGACCACCAGCUCCUCUCUUACAACUCUCGUGUAGCUGAGAGCCAAGAUCAGAAAGGAAACAAGCACGGAGACUCGGGAUCAACAAGAGGUUCAGAGCCAGAACCAAAGAAAACAUAUAACAAAAGUGAAAGUCACACUAACAACCAAUACAACCCGAACUUGUCAGAGGUUCACCGGAGCGCUCCCACAGGUAAAAAGUCAUUCCAGUGUGUCACUUGUGGAAAAGCCUUCGAGUUCAAGUCAAAAUUGCAGAGACACCUGAGCGUGCACACAGGUGAGAAACCGUACCUUUGCAAGUUCUGCGGGCAAGGAUUCGGUUACAUGUCAGUACUGAAAACUCACGUGAGAAUCCACACAGGCGAGAGGCCAUUCUUGUGCAAAACAUGUGGGAAGGAUUUCACGUGCAGCAGUCCCCUGAAAGUUCACAUGAGGACGCACACGGGCGAGAAGCCCUACCUUUGCAAGACCUGUGGGAAAAGAUUCUGCACCAUGCCGCCACUGAAGAGGCAUAUGAGAAUCCACACAGACGAGAAGCCGUUCACCUGCAGUACGUGUGGGAAAAGAUUCUGUCGGACAUCAGAGUUGAACGCCCACAUAAGAAUCCACACGGGCGAGAAGCCCUAUUCGUGCAAGACGUGUGGCAAAGACUUCAGACUCCACAGUGUCUUGAAAGUCCACAUGAGAACCCACACGGGCGAGAAGCCGUACCUCUGUAAAAUGUGUGGAAGUGAUUUCAGCUGUUGCAGUGGCUUGUUGGUCCAUAUGAGAAGAGCCCACACUGGUGAGAAACCAUACUACAUGAGAGUUGUAAGAGAGGAGCUGGUGGUCAUUUUCCUCAUAAGCAGUAGUCAACAUAAAGGGGUCAGUCUCUUCCUCCUGACUGGUGCAGAGCUCCUCCUCUUCCUCUUUAAUCUGUGGAGGCUCUGGGUCCUCUUGGUCCAGACUGGAGCUCCUCUUCUGAAUACAGAGCUGCUGGUCAGCGAGCACCUCUUCUUCCUCCUCCUCCUCCUCCUGUUUCUCCCACAGCCAUUCAGCUGUAAGGAUGUGCCUCUUGUUGACCUGCAGCAGUGUGACCUGGGGAGGAACUCCAGCUUGGACCAAGAGGACCCAGAGCCACCACUGAUUAAAGAGGAACUGGAGGAUCUCUGCACCAGACAGGAUGGAGAGCAGCUUGCACUGGAACAGGAGACUGAAGCCUUUAAGUUAAAACCUACAUAUGACGCCACUGUUCACCUUACAAAAACUACUACUCCGCUCAAAAUGUCUUCUGUCCAGCGUCUCAGGAAGUUUGUCCAUGAGCGACUGACUGCAGCCACUGAAGAAAUAGUGGGAGUCUUUGAGAAAACGAUCGUAGUGUACGAGGAAGAGAUCCGCCGUCAGCGCAGACUGCUGGAUGUCGUUCUGCAGCCAGAGCUGAAACUACACAGGACAGAGAUCUCACAGUGGUCUGUCUGUAAGGAGGAGGUGCUCGCUGACCAGCAGCUCUGUAUUCAGGCGAGGAGCUCCAGUCUGGACCAUGAGGACCCAGAGCCUCCACAGAUUAAAGAGGAAGAGGAGGAGCUCUGCACCAGUCAGGAGGGAGAGCAGCUCGUACUGGAGCAGACCUGUACUGAACCAUUCAAGUUUAGGCCUGCUUGUGAGGGAAGUGAUCACGUUGAAGAUCGGGCUCUACUUUUGAAUCCCCCACCACUCACUAAACUCUCAGUCACAGAAACAAAACCUGAAUCUGACAGAGAGGAACCAAAUGGUGACCACCACCUUCCUCACAACGCUCACAGAGAUAAAACCCAAGACGGCGAAAGAGGAAGCCAAGCGAGCAAACAUUUCCAAUGUCGCUUUUGCACUGAGGAGUUUCAUGAUUUCUUUAAGUUAAAACUUCACGUAAGGACCCACAGCGGUGAAAAGUGUUUCAAGUGUGACACUUGCGGGAAAGGUUUCACCCAGAAGGCACGGAUGAAGAAACACAUGAUGACUCACACGGGGGUAAAGCCCUUCAAAUGCAAAGUUUGUGGAAAGCAAUUCAACUGUCAGUCAAACUGUGUCACUCACACGAGAACUCAUACAGGCGAAAAGCCCCACGCUUGUGUCACCUGCGGGAAAAGUUUCAGCCGUGGCACUGACCUGAAGAGACACAACCGAACUCACACGGGGGAGAAGCCAUACAGCUGCGUUCACUGCGGGAAGGAGUUUUCUUACCACUCGUCUCUCACCGAUCACGUCCGGGUUCAUACAGGGGAGAAACCUUAUAACUGUAUCUGGUGUGGCAAAGGGUUUGCUGUCAGCACAACGUUGAAAAUACACACCAGAGUCCAUACGGGGGAAAAGCCGUAUAAAUGCGACAUUUGUGGGAAGAAUUUUGCUCAAAACACAGGACUGAGAUUGCACAGGAAGAUCCACACGCUGGAAAAACAACAGAGCUGAGAUUUCUUUUGAUAAAUGCUCAAAAAGUUUAAAACUCAACACAGAGUAAGAUUAGACUGUUGGGAUUCAGAUGAAACUUGUGCCAUAUUGGAAGCAGAAGUUGCAGAAACUUUUUUAGGUCCGACUGAGAAAGGAAGAUUCAAGAUUUGGAAAUGAUUGACUCAGGGGCUUAUUCAAACAUGAGACCAACAUGUAAAACUAAUAAUCAUUAGUUGUAGACUCUACAAGGGCAUCAGCUCAUUUGACAAGAGGGGAAGAUGUAGACUGACAGGCAUUGCAGACUCAAUAUUAAACAAGGCAUCUAACAAGUAACACCUGACUUUGACUGCAUUACGUUCACUGUAUUUGUCAGUGUUGAAAGAUGUUUAGGUCUGAGGCAUGCAGCUAUAAAAUAAGAUUAACUUUAUCAAUCCCCGAUGGAGAAAUUCUUUCUAUGAGGAGCAUGAGAACAUCUUCUCUACCUCUACAGCCUGUUGUCUUUUAUUUUCUUCUGUUGCAUUACUUGUGUGAGUACCCUCCACACCCCAGAUUACCUUUGUGUAAUGUUCUGAUAUUAUUAUUAUCAUCUUACAUUAAAUAUGCUUCUCGGUGUGUCCAUUG